AUGUCAUCCCUGCUAAGUACCUACGAUUCUGAGUUCCAGACAACCAUCCAACAAUGUAAGACUCUCCUCCAACAAGCUGCAUCGGAGCCUCUACCGGAGCGCAAUAGCACACUCAAAUCCAUCGAACAACACAAAGAUGAACUGUUCGACAUUCUAGAUCAGAUGGAUGUGGAGGUCAAUAACUCCGUGUCCGAUCCACAACAGCGCGCAACGCUGAAGGCGCGGCUUCGCGACUUCCGCAAGGAUCUGAAUUCAGUAAAGCAGACUCUUCAGGAACUAGUCGACACCAGGAAUAGGGACUCCCUCCUCUCCAGCCACAGCCCUUCGCUGGAAGAUGAUCAGCGCCAGCAGCUCUUAUCAAGCCACGCUAUUUUACAGAGAUCUGGCAGCAAACUUGUUGACGCCACCAGGCUUGCAAACGAAACUGAAGAUGUCGGUAACCAAAUCAUGAGUGAUUUGCGCAUGCAACGAGAAACGUUGGAAAACACCCGCCAGAACCUGUUUCAGGCAGAUGCAUACAUAGACAAGUCGGUGCGAACCUUGAAGUCAAUGAGCAGGCGGCUGGUCGCCAACAAGUUCAUUUCUUAUGCUAUAAUCGCAGUCCUAAUCCUACUAAUACUACUAGUUCUCUACUCCAAGUUUAAUUAG